GCCGGGGGCCCCGGGGCGGCGCCGCGACCCUCGGUCAGACCUGGCCCGCACCAUUCGGCCCAUCGUGCCCCUGCCGUCCGGGGCUGGGGGAGGGUUCCUGCCGCUCCCGCUCCCACCCCCGGCACCGGGAGGAGGCGCCCCUCCUGUGGAAGUGAGAAUGGCAGGUCAUGAGGCUCCCGGCCAGCACCAGUUCACUGGAUUCCAGAAGUAUUUUAAUGCCUACACCAUCACAGGCAGGAGGAAUUAUGUGCUGGCUACAUAUGCAGGGAUCGCAUCACUUAUAUUGUACUUCAAACUGAGAUCGAAGAAGAAGGCACCAUCAGCAAUCACAGACAAGAAAUGAUGUGUGGUUCUCCUCAGCAAGGGUGCAAGUAUGAAAUUAAGGACCAGCAUGCGGUGUUUUUGUUGGACUUUGGAAAUAUAAACCUCUACAAUCGUGUCACUAUAGUGGUGUAAUAUAUGUUACCUGCCUUCACAAGUAAAACUCUGGAAAUCA